GUUAGAGGGCACUACUAAUCACGCGCCUACAUUUAGACACAGAGAUGGAGACACCCAGAGGAAGGGGCAGAGGGAGAGGUCGCGCGCGGGGUGCAAGAGGUGGUGGCCGUGGCCGUGGUCGAGGGAGCGGGAGUACAGUCAAUGGCCCCGUUGUGGAGAGAACUGGCUUAGUCGUCGAGCACCCAAUCAUGGACACAACUGGUUUGGCAAUCGAGGAGCCAACAAUUCCUAGAACUGGCUUGUUAAUCAUCGAGGAGCCAACACGCGCCAACGGCAGAUCAGAUACCGAAGACGGGAGCACAACCGUUAUCGACUCAGACUUCGAUUCCGACGCGGGGAGCUACGAGAAUCUGAUGAGGAGGAUGAGCCUACGAGAUGACGCCGCCGCACGCGCCUACUUCGGCAACGCCCCCCUUCGCCCCGCCGCCGGCCCCCCUCUCGUAGUGAAAGAGAGCAUCGGAGGGGCACUCGUACAAGAUCCCACGCGUGACCCGCGGCUCAGCGCCAUCCUCCCCGGCUCCAUGUCCUUCGCUAUCUCUGUCCACCCGCUACACAUCCCCAACGCGCGCGCCAUGUGGUCCACGGCAUCCAGCACAUCGAUCAUAGACUGGCGGUUUGUGCGGCUGGCAGGCUUACUACCGCAGAUGGUCCCCCUACGCCAUGGCAUCGACCGUGUCACAUUAACAGGUAUCAUGGGGGCAUCCCCGAUGAAGGUCUUCGGCCGCGUGGACGUGCUCUUUGAUGCUCUUGGGUACGAAUUCGAAUUGCCCUGCUGGGUGACAGAUAUCGGCUUUCCAGUGGAAAUGGUACUGGGCAACGACUGGGUAGAGAAGUUCGAUCUGGUAUAUAUGGUAGGAGGAGGUGAGAUACGCAUAAACGAGGCAGAUGCCAGGAAGACCAGAGCAGUGGAAGAUAAGUAUCGCACGAGAUAGGUCGUCAGAUGGGGCAUUGGAAGGUAACAGAGGUGUAAGACGUUAUAAUAUACGAACUGGAUAGAGUUGUGGGUCCUUGUGGGCGCGAACGCGAGGUUAUCGCGCCACAUGUAUAUAGAGGCCCUAAUUGGUUAAAUCACCUCUAUGAUCCUCCUCUCUGACGUCCG